AUGUCCAAGACGACGUCUUCCGCGCUGUCAAAUGCGUCCUUUGUCCUCGCGGCUCUCACAGCCGGCGGCGGCGCAAUUGGCUAUGCUAAGACGGGCUCUGUUCCCUCAAUUGCCGCCGGCGGUCUCGUUGGUCUCUUGUACGGUCUCGGCGGAUAUCGCAUUGCCAACGGUCAGCCUUAUGGUGUAGAGUUGAGUCUGCUCGCCUCGGUUGUUCUUGGAGCUUCAGCCUUCCCUCGGGCGAUCCGCUUGAGGAAACCUGUGCCCAUUUUCCUCAGCAUCCUGUCCGCCUACGGUCUCUUCACCUUUGGCACUGCCCUGCGCAAGGCUUAA